UUUCAGGGGCUGGUCACUGCCGUACUUGACUAGAUUUCGGUAAAAAAUUUAGAAAAGCGCCAUCUGCAAUCCUCUUCCUAAAGUAUUUAAUAUCUUCAAGUGAUAAUAGAUGGCUCUUUAAUCAAAAAUUAACUUCCAUAAAAUAUCACUAAAAUUAUUGAAAUCUAAAAAUUAUUUUAUAUAUUAGUAUUACGUAGGAAAUCUAUCAAUUAUUUUUAUUAAAUCUGUACACUAUUUUAUAUACAUAAAUUAUUUUUCUAUAAUUAUUUUUUUGGUUGGCAAUAAACCGUGCCAACUGCCAAUGCUGAAGUUAGAAUUUGAAUUUUAAUGGCGAGUACAGUACAUACAAUUUGUGUGUUAAGUUUUCGUCCAUUUAAGUGUUUUCUGCUGUUGACUUGCGUUGAUUUGAGUUUUACUCAUCCGCUGUGUUUUCGGUGAAUUAGUGAGUGAGUUGAGCUGUGCUCCUCUGUUUCAUUGUUUCACAUAACUUGCGAAAAGACGCCAUUAGUGUUUAGUAUUAUUUGCGAUAAAGACGCCUUUUUUGUGAUAUUUGUGAAAUAGACACUGUUAUUGUGUUAUUAGCGAUUAGAGACGCUUGUUUGAGUGCAUAUAAUCAUGCCGAGGCGGUGCGAAUUGGGAUGUUCACACAACCCGGGUGUGACACAACAUCAAUUUCCACACCCAGAAAAGAAUCCUGAGUUAUUCAAAGCCUGGGUUAAUAUAGUUGGUGGAAAACUGGAGACUGCAGAUGAUAUCAAAUUUUACAGAAAGCGAGUCAUCUGUGACAUACAUUUUGCAGACAAGUUUAAGAAUCGCAACAACCGUUUAAAUAACAUAGCUGUUCCUACUCUCCAUCUUCAGGGUGCUCCAUCACAAGAUGCUCAUAUGCCUCCUGCAACUCCACAUAUACCAACUGAACUUCCUAUGCCUGAACAUAAUAUAUGGAAUCUGCCUUCUACAUCAAAGCAAAUAGUCACUGGUGCUCCAUCACAAGAUGCUCAUAUGCCUCCUGCAACUCCACAUAUACCAACUGAACUUCCUAUGCCUGAACAUAAUAUAUGGGAUCUGCCUUCUACAUCAAAGCAAAUAAUCACUGGUAUGUAAACGCUUGGCUACCUACAUUCUCAAAUUAUGUUUAACUAGCUACCAUAAUUAAUUACUGCAUUAAGUAAUAUGUAACUGUUGUGUAGUCAUUACAAACACACUUCAACUUGAUUUAUUGUAAUGACAAUUUAGGUUAAUAAUCCUCAUGUAACUCACACUAGUAAUUUUGAUGUUUACAAUGACAAUGGUGAAUUAUUAUUAUUUUAUUUUCAGCUGCACCUCCCAAUGCGUGUGUUAUAGCAGCAGAACAUAAUUAUUGCAGUAAACAUGGUAUACAACAAAGACGGAAACUUAAAGGAGACAAAA